AUGACGUCGAACACAAUUGAAGAUAUUUCUUAUUCACCAACGAUCUUCUCUCCAACAAUUCAAGCUUAUCUCUACUUGAUCCCAAACAUCAUCGCCAUAUUUACAUCUAUCUUUGUUCUCUAUCAUCUUCUUUUCGAUCGAGCACUUCGACAAGCACUCAACAAUCACAUCAUCAUCGUUAUUCUCUUCACUAAUUUCAUCUCUGAUUUCACCAGCACACCAUGGCUCAUCUAUUACAACUUUACCGGAACCUCUCUCGUACCAAAUCCCAUCUUUUCCCUUGUUUGGGUCUAUAUCGAUUAUGCGAGUUAUGCACUUCAAACAAUGCUCUUCGCAUGGGCAACAAUCGAACGACAUAUUCUUGUUUUUCACGAUCAAUGGCUGCGAACAACAACUCGACGCAUCUUCAUUCAUUAUCUGCCAACAACGAUCAUUUUCUUGUAUGUAACAUUGUAUUAUCUUCUGUUAUGUUUUGUCCCCUUCUGCAGCAAUAUUUAUGAUUAUUCCCAAGUGUGGAGAAUAUUUUCUUUCAACGGUGGUGUUUGUUUUUUGACCAAACGAAUCCGACGAUGA